CUUAACCUGGUGUUUUUAUAUUUUAUUUGUGUAAAUGUUCCGUCUGGUUCUGUCCAAUACAUGUUUCCUCAAUGAAAACAAGGUGUAUUAUUUAAUCUGUUAUUCAUGUGUAAACUCCGGGAGUGUUUUAUUUGGACAACAACUUACCAUUAGCUAGCAUGUAACGUUAGCUUUUUGUUAGUGGUUUCUGUGGCUCUGCUUGUUGCAAUCAUAAGCUCACACAUACUGUCACCGUAUUGGAGCUGUUACUAAAAAUGGAUAUUUUAGGAGACGAUGAAGUCCAUGACCUGAAAUGCAAACCCGUCGGCCGCUUGGAUAUGAGCCACGGCUUCCUGCACCACAUCCGGAGGAACCAAAUUGCUAGAGAUGACUAUGAUAAAGAAGUAAAGCAAGCCAAAGAGGUAAAGCAAGCCAAAGAGCUUCAGCGGCGGAGGGAAACCACAACCACUAGACGACCCCGGCGGCCGGAUAUCCAAGUGUACCAUCCUCGAUGCGGACAUGGAUCAGAGCCAGGGGCCGGUGCUGAGGCUGAAGAGUCUAAUGAGAGUGGGUCAAGCACAGAGACAGAGACCCUUGGUACUGAACUCUUCUGGCUCGACUAUCAGGCGGACUCGGGUACACUUACCUCCUUCCUGGUGCACAAGGAGGAUAAGCCUGAGAUGGUGGUGGAUCGUGUCGCAGAGAAGAACAUCCUGGAUUCAGCCAUGAGGGCCGCUCUAAAGGCUCGAAUUCGGAAGGAAAUUGACAAAAGACGAGACAAACGAUGAGUGAUAUUCUCAAACAGUUGACUAUGACGAUAAAGGAGCAAUAGACAAAGAGGAGCAAUACUUCAUUUGCAGUUCUGCACUUCGACAUAGCGUUCACGCUGUUGACAGUGUUGAGGACAUAAUGAGGACUCUGGGAUCAUGUACAGUGACUAUCAGCAGAGAUCCAACUCGAUGACCCACAACUAAUCUGGCUUUUGUAUUGGAAGGAGAAGGAACAGCACUUAUCAAAGACAGUAUGGUUGGGAGUUGACUGUCAGGGUCACAUUGACUCCAUUUGUCUCACUUGCAUUGUUACCUCUCACAUUGUACAGCUUAAAAUAGACUGGACCUGAGAAAUGAUAGUGUUGCUUUUUCAGUUAAAUUCAGAAAAGAAGUACGUACUCUUUGACAGAGAGCACUGUUAACCUUCCUCCUCUGUUGAACAUGUCCUGUGUUUUGUGUUUACAAAGAUCUAUCUUUUAUAAAUAAGAUUAAUCCUUUAUUUGGUCAAAUGCUGUGAAUGGAACAUCAGUGAUUCUGUGUUUAGAAAUGUUACAAUAUAGUUGUGUUUCCAGUGUGGCUGUAGCCAUGAUAAUGUGUUUGUGUGGCAACUGUGUUUCAUUGUUUUGAGUAUUCUAAUUUAUUUUGGAUUUUUUAAAAUACUUUUAUUUUUGAUACUGAAUAUUUUUCAAGGACAUGAUUCUUUACGUACAAAACAAAUGACACACGCACACACAUAUAUAUAAAAAAAGCCAUUUAUUACUGUCCAAUUGUGUCUGGAUGUGCACUUGUGGAAUUGAACAGCCAUAAAAUGUGAAUGCUU